AUGAUCCCAUCCAGCUCCAUAGGGCCACAAGCUAAUGGCAUCAAUAGCAUGGGCCGGCUUUGUGCGUAUGACGAAAUUCCGGAGCAGGGCUCGGCCUACAGCAUUAUUCCAGAAGAACAAGGCCUUGAUAGCGCUAGAACAUCAAUGCUCAGCGCCACAUUUGGAAUAGCGCUGCAGAGAGAAGUUCGCAGCUUCCUAGGCACGCCAGAUGAGAUGCGCCGAACCUCGAAUGCCUACUUUAGUUCCAUUCACUACCGGCUACCUAUCAUUUCAGAGUCGAGGUUCAAUCAGAACUUUCCAAAAUUGUUCAAUCCAUCAACCAUAGACUUUACGACACUAUGUUUGUGCAUGAAGCUCGUUCACACAAGUCCUUCACAACAGGCUGUAGGAGGAACAGAUGCUGUAUCGCCAUCCUAUCUUAUUGCUAAGAGCAGUAUUGGUUUACUUGAAGCAACCGGCUUUCUUACCUUGGAUGCCAUUCAGUCUAGACUGCUUCUUGUCUUAUACGAGGUGGGCCAUGGCAUUUAUCCGGCAGCUUCUGUUUCCAUUGGUAGCUGCGCAAGGCUGGCUCGUCAUGCUGGCCUGAGCCGGGAUUUCUGGCAUGCUCAAGAAGCAGCCGUUGCAAAUCCUGAUGCAGAGGAAAGAAGGCGGACAUGGUGGGCCAUACAUAAUCUUGACAGAUUCAUUGCUCUUUGUGGAGGAGAUGCGAUACUUGCUUCCGAAGAUGCCACACCAGAUACUCAUUUGCCUUCCGACCCUGAGCAAUUGCCGUGCAUAGUCACUUCAGAAGCCGCCAGGCCGACUGUUUCUACGCCAGCCCCGUUUUCUGUAGGACCAUUUGCGAGAGAGUGUCAGGUAGCGCAUCUGAUGGGUCGCGUUGUUCAGCACAUUUAUCAUCCGGUUGCCGACCUUGAAUUUCGCUCUCGCGAAAGUUUUCAGCUUGAAAGUACAUUGAAAGCUUUUUUGCCAAUCUUAAUUGAGGAAGAACUCGAAUUUAGCUCCUACUGCGGUGCUCUGGGAAUUUGUAUAAGUUCGCUCUACGCAUUAUAUAGCGCUCCUACUGCUCCUAUUAAUCACAACAGUGAGGGCGAUAACCACAACUUAGAAAAGAUUUCUACGCAGAUGACAGGACUUUCACAGCAUCUGCUCAAAAGCGCCGGUGAUGAAAACACUCUAACAAUGAUGUCGCUUUUCAUCCCAUAUGCCUUGUAUCAAACAGCUGCGAUACAACUGAAUUUAUAUCAGAGAAGCCGAAAUUUCGCCUUCAAGGCAAACGCUGAGUUAAUCAUCGAAAUCUUGACGUGCAUGAGUAAGAGAUGGCGUGCCGCAGUGAAAUAUCUGGCGGCGUUAGAGUCUGACAGCCCUCUGGUGAUGUUACCACCUCAGGGAUUUUAUCUCGGUUAUUCGAUCUUGGAUGAAGAUGCUGGCAAUCAGUGA